AUGAGUGAUGUGAACAACACGGGUGUUGGCACCCAGUGGUACAAGCGUGUCGACACCAACAUCUACAAGUGGCAAGGUAGCACCAACGAGGAAUGCUGCAUGCCGAUCUUCUGCAGUCAGUAUACCACCAGCCAUCCCACCCGCUGGACAAGGAAGAAGGACCCAAGUGCGAAGGGCAGCACCGACAUGGAAUGUUACGAUCCCCUCCUUUGCUCUGACUAUUGCUGUGACAAGCAAGCAGGCUUGGAGCAUCGCCCAAACGCAGACAAGCACCAGGGCAGCACGGACGAGGAGUGCUGCGUGAAAUCCUCAUAA